UGAGCUUGUUUGCAUCAUACAAUGAUUACUAAAUAAUUAAUGAAAUCGUCCGGCAUUCAUUGCGACUUGGUAUUUCGCUGGUUAUAGACUGUUCGGUGGCAUUGGCGUUGCAUAUCUCUUGCCGACGAUGGGUGGAGGUGAAUCAGUAACAUCAACAACAACUACCGAGAAGCCCGACUGGACACUCGUGUGGCACUUCUGGUACUUCGACUUUGAGCGCCCCGGAGCCACCAUCUUCAUAGGCUUCGUUUGUAUAGUGCAUUCAAUAUUCCACGUGCCCCACCUGCUGCUGUACCGGCGGCUCGGGAUCCUCACAGCCUUUGGAGCUUCGUCAGCGUGCUGCUUAUCAUUGGAGCUAUCACGUUGCAACUUGUUUCAGGAGGAAGAAAUACUGUACGAGAUCUGGGUCUGGUACUCGUCUGUCUACGUGCCCGUGAUGCUGAUCAUCAUGUGCAUCGUGAUGACGGCUUCCAUCUGGGCCAUGGAGCUCAAGCUGAUGCGAGCCAUCGCCGCCACCGUCGCUGUGAUCUUCUAUCUCUUUAUGUUCUACAGCAUCAUAUUCGUGCAAGCUGAGAAGAGGAAGAUCUUCUCAACAACAACGCCCACGACGACAACAACGACGCCGUGCCCCUGGUGUCCCACCUGCACGACGCCAACGUGCACCACACCCAAAUCAACCCCACAGAAAAAAAUACGCACGGUUGACAUGUACAAGUACACCUACUCCAGGUACACCUACGAUAGAAUCUUCGAUUGGGAGUACUACUGGAAGAGAAGAACCACAACGGAGAGCUAUUGGAUGUGGAACAGAACUACAGGCACUUUUUUUUUCGAUUGGGAUUGGGUUUCGAGAAAAACACGUACGCGUUCUCGUACCCUGGAAACUGACUGGAAGAUCUGGACAAAUAGAACACGCUCAUCGACGACGGUGGAAAAGCAUUGGACCUCGACAAAAACGAGGACACACACGGAUACGAUGACAUUUGAAACCGAUUGGGAGACCUCGAAAAGAACGAGGACUCGAUCGGUUCCGAAGACGACGACAGACAACACAGUGAAGAGCAAGUGGUCGGCAUCAGCGAAGAUAAAAUGUUCACAAACGUCUAAGGCGUCAGUGGAGGUCUAUUGGUGGGCGAAGGAUCCGACCACAGAAACAACAGUGACGACUGAGUUGACUGUGAAAAACGAUCGGGAGAAGGCUUCGACGAAAAAAAGCGUACGCAUGAUCGAUCUACUGUUGGAUCGCUUAAGGUGACCGAGACUGACAUCUGCGUAUCAGUUUUAGUUACUCGUCUUUGUGACGUAUUGCUGUCUUCUAACCUCUGUGACAUUAGAGGCCUAAAUCAAAGUCCAAAAAGAAGUCCGCGAAAAAAAAGGCUUACGCACGGUCGAGGCGA